GUUACGCUUAGACAGCUAGUGUCGAGCCAUUCAUUUUACCUAACCGUUAAGCUAACUGCUUCAUCACAGCCUGGCAGUUUUACUUGUAGUACGACAGUUCAAUAGAAAAUGGCUCUGCUAACGCCAUUAUUCGCAUUCCUGUACCACCUGCCGCAGGUGUACAAGUGGCUGCUGAAGCCCUACUAUGUAGCCUCUCUCUUCAUGUCUGUUGCCUUUCUGGCUAUCCGCAAGACCCCUGGCAUCUGUGACCAUCUGGCUACACAGCGAGAGGACGGCAACUCCUGCGAUUUCGACUGGAGGGAGGUAGAGAUCCUCAUGUUCCUCAGUGCCAUCGUCAUGAUGAAGAACAGACGAGCAAUAACGGUGGAGCAGCAUGUGGGCAACAUCAUCCUGUUCAGCAAAGUGGCCAAUGUCAUCCUGUUCUUCAGACUGGACAUCAGGAUGGGACUUCUUUACCUGACACUCUGCAUAGUGUUUCUGAUGAUCUGCAAGCCUCCUCUUUACAUGGGACCAGAGUACAUCAAAUACUUCAGCGACAAAACCAUUGAUGAUGAGCUGGACAAAGACAGUCGUGUGACAUGGAUUGUUGAAUUUUUUGCCAACUGGUCUCCAGAGUGCCAGUCCUUUGCUUCUGUCUAUGCUGAUCUUUCUCUCAAGUAUAACUGUUCUGGUCUCAAGUUUGGCAAAGUGGACAUCGGACGUUAUGGAGAAGUUUCUAAAAAGUACAAGGUGUCUACAUCUCCGCUGUCCAAGCAGCUUCCGUCCUUGGUGUUGUUUCAGGGAGGGAAGGAGGUGAUGCGGCGCCCCCAGGUGGACAAGAAAUGUAGAGCCGUAUCCUGGAGCUUUACUGAGGAGAACAUCAUCCGAGAGUUCAACCUGAACGAACUCUACCAGAAAUCCAAGAAGCUCAACAAGACCAAAGAAGACCAGGUCAGCAAAUCCCAGUUCCCGCCGGUCCCCGAGGAGGAUGAGCCUGAGCAGCAAGGAGCUCAGGCAGAGGUGGUGGAAUCUGAAUCCAAGAAGGACAAAUAAGACGGUUUGUAUCACUCAGCUUCCAACCCUGGAUGAAAUGUGUGGGUCCAGGUCAGCUCCUCCUCCUCCACCUGCCCUCGCAUCUUCAAAGUGAAACAUAACAGGGCCAGCGUCGCUGCAGAUCAUCAUGAGAUUUUAAACAAAGUACUUCUGCCUCCCUUCAGCACCAUUUAACCCUAACCCCAGUUAAACACAAUAAUUCAACACAGGUGCGUCUACAGUGACCUCAGUCUGUUUUCCCUCUAUGAAAGAGUGUAUACUGUAGCAGAGGAGUAAACUGGGACACAGUAAAGCAGCUUUUGGAGGGGUUAAUGCUCAAACCUGGCCCAGAAUAAUGCUGUAGGGCCUUGAAAUGUGCUAUGCAGACCUGCCAUGUGCACUGGGUUAUAAGUCUACACCACACAUUUCUGAUGGUUAAAGCUGUGAAGUCUGAGUGACUGCUAAUUUAGGAGGAAUAAUUAACAGUAAGGGAUCAGUGAAUGUGAUUCUAUUUUGUUUUAGAUUUUUUUUUUAUGCAACUAAUUGAAUUAGAUAAACAUAGAUUUUGUUAAAAUCAGAAUAAGUGUAUAUUUAUGUAAACUAAGUUAUAACUCAAUGGUACACAAAGUCAAAUUACUUUGCAGUGUUGAACUGGUGUUUUUGGUUUGAAAUAAGAGCUGCAAUAUGGGAGCACUUACUUAACAUUAACACAUCUGCAUGAGUCGGGUGGUGCUACUCAAGUUUACUAAUAGAUCAUAUUACAGCUUCCCUAUUCACCCCUCAGACCAAACUACACUCCGUCAUUCCCUUAAUUUCAUGUUAAUGUAUUUUUAUAGAUUCCAACUUUUGGUUUGUUGUUUUGUAUGCAGUGUAUUUGCCUCUCAGAGAGAUCAACAGUCAUUAAUGCCAUGGCUAACUUUGAGUGUAACAUUUUCUUGUUUGAAAACAUUUUCAGGUUUUCUACCAAAUGGGUUGCACUUUUAUUUUUCACUAUUUCUAUGUUGCCAACAAGGUAACCAGUAUUGUUAUGUUUCUCAACCCCCAGUUGCUUUGUAACAUUGACAGUUUCAAUACCGUUUGAGAAAAAUACCACGUUCUCAACAUUGACAGAAACAGAAAAGACAGCAAUUCCAUUAUGUAUGGCAAGUAAGAAGUUGGACUGUCUACCGUCUUGGUAGACAGUCCAACAGUCCUAAAAUUAGUCAGCGUUGACAACACCUGGGUUUAAAUGAGUCUUGGUCCUUAUUUUCACAGUUUUAGAUGUAAAUAUUAUAAAUGAUUUGAUCUCCCGUUGCUGCAUUCACUAAUGGUAACUUUAGACUCAGACGGUUUCCUACAAAGCAAACCUAAAACAGUUGCCAUGAAAAGGGUCUGAGUGAUGAGCCAUGCUCAUACUGUGGCGUUUGGUCAAUCUGUCGACCACUUUGGUUCAGACUGAAAUAUCUGUGCAACUAUAGAUGGAUUGCCAUAUAAUGUUGUAGAGACAUUUAUUGUCUUCAGAGGAUGAAUCCUACUGACUUUUCAUCAACGUAAGCACGCUAACACACUAAACUAUGAUGAUAACCAUGGUUGACAUUAUACCUGCUAAACAUUAGCAUGCAGAUGUUAGCAUUUAGUACAGCCAGAGCUGUCUGUGGACUGUCUUGUUUGAAUCUUUUCUGUAUUGCAUCUUAAAUUAACAAAUAUCGAUAUCAGUCAGAUAUUGAUACCAUCUUCAUAUCAGUGGGUCCUGAGGCUGGAGUUGAGAAGCUGGGUCAUCUGAAUGCACCAUAUGUAUAUUGGAUGUGCUGGCAGCAACACAGUUCCAUCAUCAGUAGCAUGAUGCUGGUACAUGUGAUUGUGCGGAUCCAGAACUGACUUUGCAUUUUUCCCAUUCUAAAGUCAUGUUAUCAGAUGAUGUCAAACCAUAUACUCAUGCACUGCACAUUGUUUGGCUGAAUACUGGACACAUCUUUUAUUCUACAAACCUGUGAUCAGUACAUCACAUACAAACAUCCACUGUUUUUGAGGCAUUUAAUUUUCCUGCUUUCUUGCUAACUUUCCUAAUCAUGAUUUUGAGUUUUUUUCCCCUUGUCAACUGGUAAACAUGCGCACAUACACUGUAAAAAGUAGCCUUUUGAGUUUAUUCUUAAUCAUUAUUUUAUUACUAAAUCUGUUGUUUUGUAUUGUACGCUUCUUGUGAAAUUGAUUUGACCUUUUGUUGUGUUGCAUUUCAUAUGAGCUGCAUUUCAAGGCUUAUGUAUAUUUGCUCCUGCACAUGGAUGGAGACGUCUGCUGAAAAGACCUCAGAAGUCGGGCCUGUUUUGUUAUUCAUGCAAUAAAACAAUGUGCACAUGAA